GUAGAGAAAAGAGCUGUAUUCACAUGGGAUGCCGUUUUUCAAGCUAAUGGGGUCCCCUCUCUCUUCUCUUUCUCUCUCUCUCUUAAUUCAACUGAUAAUUAUGAGCUUUGAAUCAUAAAGUUAAUUAUAGAGUAGACUGAAGAAAAAAAUCAUCCUUCUUCUCAUUUUUCCUUCUUUCUUCCUUCCAUUUUCUUGUUUUUAUUUUUUUGUUUUUUAAAUUUUUUUUCUUGCAUUUGGAGCUGGAAAAUUAUGGCUGAUGAUAAGGAGAUGUCUGCUCCUGUUAUGGAUGUGAAUGGUGCCGUCACUGGUCAUAUAAUUUCGACUACCAUUGGAGGAAAAAAUGGCGAGCCAAAGCAGACAGUCAGUUACAUGGCUGAACGUGUUGUGGGGACUGGAUCAUUCGGAGUUGUUUUUCAGGCAAAAUGCCUGGAAAAUGGGGAGACGGUUGCGAUAAAGAAGGUUUUACAAGAUCGUAGAUACAAAAAUCGUGAACUGCAGUUGAUGCGGACUAUGGAUAACCCGAAUGUUGUUUCUUUAAAGCAUUGCUUCUAUUCAACUACUAGUAAAAACGAGCUUUUUCUCAAUUUGGUCAUGGAAUAUGUUCCGGAGACUAUGUAUCGGAUGUUGAAGCAUUACAGCAAUGUGAACCAAAGAAUGCCACUCAUCUAUGUUAAGCUUUACACGUAUCAAGUAUUUAGGGGGCUGGCGUACAUGCACACUGUUGCCAGCGUUUGCCACAGAGAUUUGAAACCUCAGAAUAUUUUGGUAGACCCUGUUACCCACCAAGUAAAAAUUUGUGAUUUCGGAAGUGCAAAAGUUCUGGUUAAAGGUGAAGCAAACAUCUCAUACAUCUGUUCACGGUUUUAUCGGGCACCUGAACUCAUAUUCGGUGCAACAGAAUAUACGACCUCGAUUGAUAUCUGGUCUGCUGGCUGUGUCCUUGCAGAGCUUCUCCUCGGCCAGCCAUUAUUUCCAGGCGAAAAUGCUGUCGAUCAGCUUGUUGAGAUAAUCAAGGUACUUGGAACACCAACGAGGGAGGAAAUUCGUUGUAUGAAUCCAAAUUACACUGAUUUUCGAUUUCCACAAAUCAAAGCACACCCUUGGCAUAAGGUAUUCCACAAACGGAUGCCACCCGAAGCUAUAGACCUUGCUUCACGUCUAUUGCAGUACUCGCCUAGUCUUCGUUGCAAUGCACUUGAAGCAUGUGCACAUCCUUUCUUCGAUGAGCUUCGGGAACCCAAUGCUCGACUUCCCAAUGGCCGGCCGUUGCCGCCUCUUUUCAAUUUUAAGCAGGAGUUGGCUAUUGCCUCUCCAGACCUCAUUAACAGGUUGAUACCAGAUCACAUAAAAAAGCAAAUGGGACUACAUCUUUUCACAACCCGCGAUGACAUGACAUGAAAAUAUACUGGUUGACGAUGAUGAUCACACACACACACACAUAUAUAUAUCGAGACAUCCGCGUUUACAUUCUCCCCAACAUGUUCCACCAUGCCAAGCUGCAUCUCCUUGUCGACGCGAGGACAAAGUAAAAGGGUUGCUGUGAAUUUUAAAUUCUUGGUCGUGGUAUCGUCUUUUUCUUUCUACUCUUCGAGUAUAUCUCUCCCCUCCUCUCUCUUACCGUGGCCAUCCAGCGAAAGGAAUGUUCUUUUUGUACAUGUUUGGUAGUAGUAAAUUGAUUAGAAAGCUCCCAAUAUCAGACAAAUGAAAUGUAAAAUUUGAUCUGUGUUUUAUGUUUGUAUUUAGUGUUUAUUUUUUGAACUUGUUGCUAACAUUUUGUUGCUUUUAAGAAAAGAGUUGCAAGGAAA